CCUGCUAGAUAAGUUGUAAGAGAGAGGACAAGCUCCACAUUGUUGUGAAAGGCUGUUUCUUUGGGAUUGUGGCUUCUACCAAAGUCUUCAACCUAGUAAAACAAGCACCAUAUACUAAUGCUUCGCGUUUGAGUUGGAACCCCUUUUACAAAAUAUAUAUGUGUACAUAUAUGCGUGACCUAUAGACUGCACGUACGCCCGUACUGAGUAUACUUACGAAGGUGACACAAAAGGAUUUAGAGAUGUAUUUAUCAAGAUUCCUGUCACUUCACGCCCUCUGGGUUACGGUGUCUUCAAUGAUGCAGCACUAUCCUUCCGUGUGGGGACAUUACGAUGUGUGCAAGACUCAGAUCUACACCGAGGAAGGGAAAGUAUGGGAUUACAUGGCCUGCCAGCCGGAAGCCAGAGACAUGAUCAAAUACGUCAAAGUGACACUGGAUCCCCCAGACAUAACGUGCGGAGACCCUCCGGAGACCUUCUGUGCAAUGGGGAAUCCCUACAUGUGCAAUAAUGAAUGUGAUGCGAGUACCCAAGAACUGGCUCACCCUCCAGAGCUGAUGUUCGAUCUCGAAGGCAGGCACCCCUCCACGUUUUGGCAGUCCACAACUUGGAAGGAUUAUCCAAAGCCUCUUCAUGUUAAUAUUACUCUCUCCUGGAACAAAACCAUUGAGCUGACUGAUAACAUAGUUAUCACGUUCGAAUCCGGCCGUCCGGACCAAAUGAUCCUGGAGAAAUCCCUGGACUAUGGGCGAACAUGGCAGCCCUACCAGUAUUAUGCCACAGACUGCUUAGAUGCUUUCCACAUGGAUCCAAAAUCAGUGAGGGAUUUAUCACAGCACACGGUCCUAGAAAUCAUUUGCACAGAAGAAUACUCUACUGGGUAUAUGACAAAUAGUAAAAUAAUCCACUUUGAAAUCAAAGACAGAUUUGCUUUCUUUGCUGGACCUCGACUUCAUAAUAUGGCUUCUCUGUAUGGCCAGCUUGACACAACCAAGAAGUUAAGAGAUUUCUUUACCAUCACUGACCUGAGGAUACGACUGCUUAGGCCAGCAACUGGAGAAAUAUAUGUAGAUGAGCAACACCUGGCACGCUACUUUUAUGCAAUUUCAGACAUAAGGGUAUAUGGAAGGUGUAAGUGCAACCUUCAUGCUACUGGCUGUAAAGAAGAAAACAAAAGACUGCUUUGUGAAUGUGAGCAUAACACAACUGGCCCAGACUGUGGAAAAUGCAAGAAAAAUUACCAGGGCCGACCGUGGAGCCCUGGCUCUUAUCUCCCUAUACCUAAGGGCACUGCUAAUAUCUGUAUACCCAGUAUUUCCAGUAUUGGUAACUGUGAAUGCUUCGGCCACUCCAACCGGUGCAGUUACAUCGAGCUGCUCAAUACGGUCAUUUGCGUGAGCUGUAAGCACAACACUAGAGGUCAGCACUGCGAGUUAUGCAGGCUGGGCUACUUCAGAAAUGCCUCUGCAGAGCUGGACGAUGAGAAUGUGUGCAUAGACUGUUAUUGUAACCCUUUUGGGUCAGUCCAUGAUCGCUGUAAUGACAGAGGAUUUUGUGAGUGUAAGGAGGGAACCUCAGGGCCUAAGUGUGAUAAGUGUCUGCCGGGAUAUAUCUGGCGCAGCUUGGGCUGCCAACCGAACGUGUGCGACAACGAGCUGCUGCACUGCCAGAACGGAGGGACGUGCAUCAACAACGUGCGCUGCCACUGCCCGCCGGCCUACACGGGCAUCUUGUGCGAGAAGCUCAAGUGCGAGCGCGACACAGGCGGCUGCAGCCCCAGCUCGGCGGCGAGGCCAGCGCAGCGGGCGCCCGUGGCUCCGCUCGCCGCCCUGCUCACGCUCACGGGACUGCUCCUCUUCUAG